AACCGUUGCUCAGCUUGCAGCGACUCCCUGCUGCCGCUACAGAGAAAUAUUCAGAUUCUGGGAGCCGCAGAGUCCGGCCGCCCUCCGGACACUACGAUUCCUGUCAUCAUGGCAGCCAAAACCAAAUGGGAGGCAGUGAAGGACCGCAUGACCACUACCACCUCUGCAGACCCGGAUGCCACACUGGAGGCAAAUUUGGAGAAUGCAGACCCUGAACUCUGCAUCCGACUUCUACAGGUUCCCACGGUGGUGAACUACUCAGGUCUGCGGCGGCGGUUGGAGGCCAGCGAUCAGUCCUGGAUGGUGCAGUUCCUGGAGCUGCAUGGUCUAGACCUGCUGAUGGAGGCACUGGAGCGUCUGUCGGGUCGUGGCUGCGCUCGCAUCGCCGACGCUCUGCUGCAGCUGACCUGCGUCUCCUGCAUCCGAGCCGUCAUGAACUCGUCUGCAGGACUGCACUUCAUCCUGGACAAUGAGGGCUACGUCAGGACCCUGACCCAUGCUCUGGACACGUCCAACGUCAUGGUGAAGAUGCAGGUGUUUGAGCUGCUGGCAGCUCUCACUCUGUUUGACCCUCAGGGACACCUUCUAGUGUUGGACGCCCUGGACAGCUAUAAGAGCCUAAAGAAACAGCAGUAUCGCUUCAGCCUGAUCAUGAACGAGCUUCACGGCACAGAUAACGUCCCGUACAUGGUGACGCUGAUGAGCAUGGUCAAUGUGCUUGUGCUGGGGAAAGAAGACCUGAGGAAGAGGGACCGACUGCGACAGGAGUUCAUUGGCCUGCAGCUGCUGGAUCUGCUGCCCAGACUGAGGGAGACUGAGGACGAGGACCUCAACAUUCAGUGUGAUGUGUUUGAGGACUCCCUGACGAUGGAUGACGAAGAGAUGGAGCGGCUAUACGGAGGCAUCAACAUGAGCAGCCACCAGCAGGUCUUCACCUCACUCUUCACCAAGGUAUCUCGUAGUCCGUCCUCUGUUCAGCUGCUUUCCAUCCUUCAAGCUUUGUUGUUGGUGGAUCCAAGCAGAGCUCAGGUCUGGCUGGCGCUGGAGCUGCUAACUGAAAAAGCCACCCUGCUGGCACAGGAAGCUGAAUUAGAUUCUGUCACCUGUCUGCUGGAGAGGCUCCUCCCUCAAAAGUCCCUCUCAGCCAGUCACAGGAUCCGAACCGUCGACAGAGCGGUACAGACUCGUCUUCCAGACAGUCCUACUGGCCAAUCAGAGGCACUUAUUAUAGACGCUUUCACAACUUUAUCAGCACCUACUCGGGAGGCUUCCACUGCCACACCUGGUGCUCCACCUCCACCUCCUCCCCCUCCACCCCCACCCUUACCUGGUGUGGUAGCGCCUCCCCCUCCUCCUCCACCUCCAUUGCCUGGUGUAGGAGCUCCUCCCCCACCGCCUCCACCUCCAUUACCUGGUGGAGGAGUUCCUCCCCCACCUCCUCCACCUCCAUUACCUGGUGUAGGAGCUCCUCCUCCACCCCCUCCACCUCCUCCUGGGAUGGGUGUUCCUCCCCCUCCACCUCCUCCAGGUGGCAUCAUCGUAGCCGAGGCAGUUCAAGGUCUUGGCAGGUCAUAUUACAGCGCCGCCCCACCCACAAGCACUGUCCCCUGCCCCACCCUCCGAAUGAAGAAGCUCAACUGGCAGAAACUGCCGUCCAGAGCGGUAACAGCUCAUCAGUCCUUGUGGACGUCAAUGUCUUCAGGCUCAGUGGAACCAGAUUACUGCAGCAUCGAGCAGCUCUUCAGUCUUCCUCCUACGGAGACCAAGACAAGAACCAAAGCCAAGACAGAGCCCAAAGAGAUUUCCUUCAUUGAUGCCAAGAAAAGCCUCAACCUCAACAUCUUCCUCAAGCAGUUCAAAUGUUCCCAUGAGGACUUUGUGUCUCUGAUCCGGAGAGGAGACAGGUCCAAGUUUGACGUAGAGGUCCUGAAACAGCUGAUCAAACUGCUUCCAGAAAAACACGAGGUAGAGAACCUGAAGUCUCACCUUGCAGACAGGGACAAGUUGGCAUCAGUGGAUCAGUUUUACCUGCAGCUGCUGGACGUCCCCAGCUACUCUCUGAGGAUUGAGUGUAUGCAACUGUGUGAGGAGAGCAGCUGUGUGUUGGAGACUCUGAAGCCCAAAGCCGAACUGCUGGACCGAGCCUGCCAGAGUGUGAGGGAGAGCACUCGACUGCCCAGCUUCUGUAAACUCAUCCUGAGCGUUGGAAACUUUCUCAACUAUGGCACUCACACGGGCAACGCUGAAGGAUUUAAGAUCAGCACUCUGCUCAAACUGACUGAAACUAAAGCCAACAAGUCCAGAAUCACCCUGCUGCACCACAUCCUGCAGGCGGUGGAGGAGAACCAUCCUGACCUGCUGAACCUGCCUGGUGACCUGGAGAUCUGUGAGAAGGCUGCUGGAUCAAAUAUGGAGUCGAUUCAGUCCGAAGCAAACUCUCUGACCAAACAGCUGAAAAACGCAGAGAAGAAAGUUUUAUCGUCAUCUGAGGAUGUGAAGGAGCAGUACCUGUCCGCCAUACAGGAGAGCCUGCAGGCGUGUGAGCAGCUGCAGCAGCUGUUGUCGUCAGUGGAGGACAAGAGGGUGGAUCUAGCCGUCUACCUGUGUGAGGACAGCAGCAGCUUCUCCCUCGAUGAGCUAUUCAGGACCAUCAAGACUUUCAGAGACCUGUUCCUCCGAGCCAUCAAGGAGAAUGAAAGUCGUGAAGAGCAGGAGAAGAGGAGGAAGAAACGGGAGGAGGAGAAGAAACUCAAAGGAGACGCCACCAACAAGAUCAUCAGGAAGGAUGUGCCCAACCAGGAAGAAGGCUGCAUCAUCGACAACCUGCUGGCUGAGAUCAGGAAGGGCUACAGCCUGAAGAAGACCAGACCACGAGCUGAGAGGGGCAGCAGAGUCCACGGUCAUCCCGUGAUCAUUCGGAAGUCGCUGGCCGUGGACGAGCCUGAUUCUACUGCUUCCAGCCAAUCACAGAAGCCCCCCGACCUUCUAGAGACGGUCCAGGUCCCCACUGAUCCACAAACCAAAACAAGAGCAGAGCCAGGGUCAGCUGAGCCUGACAGAGAUCCCCCAGACUCUGGUCCUGCAGGAGAGGAAGAAGUCCGGCUCCAACCAGAGGAUCUAGGAGAAAACAAAGAUUCGAAAAAAGUAACAAAGAACCAGGAGUCAGAGUUUGAGGCGAUCACCUUGUUAGAAGACGGAGCAGCGAAACGCGAUGAUGCAGAUUGUAGUCCAGACAGCAGGUCAAACACGUCCAGAGUCAGUUCAGCAGGAGCCGGUGUUCGUGUCGGAAGAAAACAGUCUCAAACCAAGAAAGGAUGUGCUUUACACUGAGGUGAACUGUGGAUGACUGGUCUCCACGGCAACAGGAAGUUGAAAGCAAUAAAAUGUGACCUGACCACAAGCAUGAAAAAAGAUUUUUCUGUUGAAAGAGAUAAAAAAGUGAAGAAGUGUGACAAAGCAGCUGAUUGGUCGUAAAUGACUUCAGCUUUCCUGAGCAGACAGGUGAGGUGGGCGGAGCUUUACUUAUCCAUAGAAUUAUUUUUUGUUGUUUGUUUUUUGUUGGAAACAGAUUCUUAGUUUUGUGCAGCAUAUUGUGAUCUGCGUGACAUAUUUCAGUUGUGUGUCCUGAUAAAGCUGCUGGUUUUAGUCUGAUCUGGACCUUCUGCUCAGAUCUUGUUGAUUUACGAAAGGUUUUAUCUUUGACGUGCCUUAAACAGACCUGAAAAUGAAUCUGCAGCUUUUCUGAUGAUCAGUUAUUCAUUGUUGCUGCGUUGUGGGGAUACCCUGUGACUUUUAUUUAAUGGUUUUAGAUUGUUGAUAAAACAGUAAAAGAGGUUUGAGAAUGUCUGCUUUAGGAAACUGGAACAGACUUUUUCAUCAGUUUUAAUUCACUUUGCUUGAAUCCAGUCUGAUCUGGAGUCAGACUUUCACUUUUUCUCAGAUGCGACAGAAAAACAGAUGGUUUCAGUGAGUCGAUGGUAGUUCCACUGAUAGUUUCAGUUUCUCACAUGUUUGAUGCCUUUUUUUGUCACAUGAAGGCACAAAGAAGUUCUGUCAGAAGACUUUUACUGUUUUUUCACUUUUGAUUGAUUCCACGGUCAACAGCUUCAGCCUGAUCGCCUUCAUCGCUUUAAAAACUCUGUUCAGACACGUUCACGGAGCACAAACUGGUCUGAGAGCAGGAUUCAUUUCCUGAAAAUGCUCCUCCUCCUCAGACGUAGAUUCACUGUCUGUACUUUGUUGGAAGGAUGUUUCUGAGCUCAAAUUUUUCAGGCCAGGUCUUGUUUUGUAUCAGUUGGAGGAGCUUUUACUUGUUAUUUGUUUGUUCUGGAUUCAUACUUAAAACAGAAAAUGUCUCCACAGAAAGUUGCUAAAUGUUACUGUCUUGUUCACCUGGAAAAAUAAAUGCUGCAGCUUUUUGAUGAA